UGUAAGCAAUCGUAGAUAACAAACAAACCAAAACAAUAGAAUCAUUGCGAAAAUGUUUCACGUACAACCACUGAACAACGCACUGUUACUAUUCGUUAAUUCAAUGUAACGUUUGUGUGCGUUUUGCUCGCUUAUCGUCGACCAAUGUUCUCCACGUAUAGAAAGAAUCCAAAACAAUAAUAAUUGUUCGAACUAAUGUUCCCAAUGUUCGUGUUAAAAUAUCUAACAUGUCGGUUCAACUAAAAGGUUUUGCAAAAGGCGUUGAUCUGACGAAAAUUAAAAAAUUUUUAUUUGGAUCUGAUGAUGCACAAGCCGAUAUACUCAACGACACUGUAAACUGUGUAUCUCCCGGUGGUGAAAUCAUAGUAUUUGGACACGUUGAUAAAAUAAUAACAUUUACAUUAAAAUGGAUUUCUAAUCCAACCACUGAUGUAUGCCAAGUUUUCCAAACCGUUUGGAGCAAUACCAUUACCGAAGCCAACAACGAACAAAUUACUUCAGUUAUAUGUCUCCCUAUAGCAGAAGUCAAUACAAAAUUGUCUACACAUUGUAGUCCUGAUUGGUUUUGUAUUGCUAUUGGAUUUUCAAGUGGAUUUGUCAAAUUUUAUACUGAAGAUGGAGACUUACUGCUGUCACAGUUAUUUCAUAAUAGUGCUGUUAUGAAAUUGCGUUGUCAAAGUCAUCAGCCUGCUAAACUCAAUCCACCAACUGUAGAACAACCUGAAGAAAUUGCUAUAUUAUACAGUACAGUUAUUUGUACAAUUGUUGGCACAGUUUUUAUUAAUAGUUUAAGAUCUUGUAAAAAUCAAUUGGCAAGAAUUCAAGAAAAAUGUACAAAUAAUGUCAACAGCCUCACAUUAUCAUUUAAAAAGUGGGCUUUCGACGUACAGAAAAAAAUUAAUGAUGCUGCUGUUGGAGCAAGAUAUGAUAUCACUAGUUUCCAACAUGUAGUAGCGGCCAAUAUAUGUAAAGGUAUUAGUGGUGAUAAACAAAACUGUUUACCACAAAUGACUCAAAUCAUAGCUGCUGGUCAAGAGCCUUAUUUAGCAUUUCAUUAUACGAUUGGAGGACAUGCUCAACCAACUUUAGGAAAUAUAACCAAAGCAGUUACUAGUAAAUUGAAAUCUUCUUUUACACAAUCGUUGCCUGGUUGGUUGUCCUUUACUUUAUCGUCAAAUGAAACAUUUGAUACACUAGAACCACCUGAACAACUUGGAUGUCGAUUUAGUUUAAAUGAUGUAGAAUGUGAAGCUUUGAAAAUUGAAUUAAGUCCACAAUUAUCUAUUGGUGUUCUUUCUGAUAAUCUAGAAAGGGUGAUACUUUUUGAGGUCAAUGCUGGAGGAAUAAUCCGAACAUGGGAAGGAUACAAAGAUGUUCAAUUUGGCUGGCUUGUAGUUAAUGAAAAUAAAAGUUCUAAUUCUAAACAAGCAUUAUGUUUAGUAAUAUAUAUACCAAAUAGAGAAGUAAUAGAAAUAUGGUCAAUGCAAAACUAUGAACAAAUAUCGAUAGUCAAAGUAUCCAAGUUUGGGAGAUUAUAUUAUACAAAUUAUGGACUACUUGGAGCUCUCAGUACUUCAAGAAUGAACAUAUAUAAUGCUAAUUACCGUUGUUAUUUUGUAGAUGAGACAGAAAUUAUUACAGAAAUUAAUGUACCUUAUCACUGUAUAGAAAGUGGCUCAAAUAGUCAACUCUCACGAGAUAUAUAUGCAUUUAAAACGUUUAAGUCAUUAUGUAAAAGUGAAAAUGUGAAUGAUGAAAAACUGUGUGAAGAAGUAGUGAAUUUAGCUAAUCAUUUAAUCACUGAUAAAGUAAGACAACAAGCAUUUGAUUAUAUUAUUUCAAGUAAACAUAUGACACAAAAUGCUAUUAUUGAAUUUUUAAAAACCUUACUGAUUAAUUUAAAAGAAAAAGGUUCAAGUGAAUCUCAAAAUAAUGAAAAAUUAUUGAAAAAUGUUGACCGUCAUUUAAAACUUAUAAAAUUUUUGACGUUUUUAUUCAAUUUCCAAGAAAAACAUCGUUUUCAGCCAUUAUCAAUGUCAACUGAAGACAAAACACAAGAAUUAUGUAAAACACUCCGUUUAACUGACCAGGAUAUGGACAGAAUAAUUUCUUUACUCCCUAUUGAACCAAAAAAAAAAACAAUUGUUAUGUUCUGUGACAAUAUGAAACUGCUGAACUUAGUUGAAUUAAUUGCUUGUUUUGACACAACUGGUGAAAAUGUGUCUUUAAAAACUGAUAAAAAUAUUGAUGAGUUGUGUAAACGGUUAUUUGAACCUGUUAUGCAUGUUGAUAAUGAUAUCGGUGAGUGGAAUUUAGCAUGGAUAGCUAGUGGUAUACAAUUGCCAGAUAUGGUUUAUUUAGCUGUUCAAUACUGGCUAUCAAAACCUCUCACUUUAACUGUUGUAACAGAGAUGUUGAAUUUUCACAGAGUAAUUGAUACAAUUUGUAAUACAAAUGAAAGUAAACUUGAUUGGAAAAAAAUACAACAUCAGUUUUCAAAUAGUUCAAAUACAUUUGCUUGUUUAACUGGAGCUAUAAUUUGCAAAACUAUUGCAUCUAGUAAAAAAACAGUUAAAGUUAAUAACGAAUGGGAAUGUGUUUCCGGAGAAGAUUAUCAAUGGAAUUUAUUGAUAGAAAGACUUGAACAAUUGUGCCAUCUUAAUGCAACAUUGAAAUAUUGUUCUGAAGAACCUUUUGGAACACUUCAUUGCAUAAAAUAUGAGUAUUCAUCAAUUACAUUAACAGAUUUACUAAAACAUGGAAGAGGUGGAGUGUCAACAUUAGUUAGUAAAUGGUUGGCUAGUUUAGGCCUUAAUCCUACUUUAGUAAUUGAUGAGUUCCUAAUGGAAUUUGAUAAAGAAACAUCCAUAUCUUCAGAUAAAACUCAAGUUAUCAUGGGUGUUCAGGAAGGUAUAGCUAUAAAUACAGAAGCUGCAAUUGAAGCUAGAGCUUUAUCUAUGGCCGAAAAAGAAACAUUAGACAUAUUAAAACGCCUCAAAUACUAUUUUCCAUACAGCUUGGGUGGUAAUACAUUACUGAGUAAUAUUUUUUGGGAGUAUAUAUCUGUUUGGAAAAAUUGUGUUUCUGAUCUUAGACCACUAUAUGCAGCUUUAAAUGUUGUUGAUAAAAUACCUUGUCCGCAUACAAGACAAAGUGUUUGUUAUUUAGUAUGGUCUACACAUUUAUCACCGGUUUUUGUGUCAGCAAUAAAGCUCAUUGAUCGAGUAGGAAAAGUUCCUAAGGAAAAAUUGUGUAUUCAAGAUGUUGGAAUGCCAGAUCAACACAUUGUUAAAUUAUUCGACUUAUGUGAACAAUUUUUUGAAAUCAUUAUUAAGUCAUCUUUAUCAGCUGAAGAAGCUGAACUUGCUGAAAUUAAACAUGAUUUAUUUUGGGAAAAUUGGAAAAAUAAUAACCAACAUACACUUACUUUAGUUCAAAUGGCAUUAAAUAAACCAAAUCCUGAUCAAAAAACUUUGUUUUUAUCUCAUCAAUUUACACGAGCAUUUCAUAUACUAGCUAAAUUUUCAAUAUACAUAAAUAAACCACUUAACAGUUUGUUUGACUGCAAUAUACAAGAAAUUGAUUUUUCUAAUUUGGAUCAAAAUACAUUUAGUCAAGAAGAGCCAAGAACCAAAGUUAAAAAGACUAGAACUGAAUUCCUGGCAAAUUCAAUUUAUACAGCUAUUGGUCUUGUACAAAAAGAUUGUCAGGAUGGCCAAUAUGAAUUUGAUAGUAGGGAGUGUACAUUUUGGAUGAGUAAAAUAUUUCAAUUAGCCAUUGGCUGGCAAUUAAAUUUGGAUGAUCUGAGAAUACAUCAAGUUAUGUCACUCUACUCAAAAGGGCAUGAUCGAUUAGCGGAAGAAAUUAUACCUAUUGUCAAUAAUAAAGAAAAACUUAUAAAACAUCUACUAAAUGUUAUAAGACACAGAUUAAAAUUUGAAGUAUGCAUUAGUGAUUUAGACUAUCAUAACAAAAUUGUACAUUUUAGUCCAGAAAUAGUUUCUUGGCUAAAUGGCCCCAUUACAAUUGAUGUUGAAAAGUCGUUGCUGAAAGAUACUCUAGAAUUAGUACAAACUAUAAUAAAUCUACUACCUGAAAAUGACAGUCAAUACGAAUUUGUUACUAAUUUAAUGGAUAGUAUAAUAUCUUUAACUAGCAGCUGAUAAAUAUAUUUUUUAGUAUGUACAGUGUUAAAAGUUGAACUAUUAAAUAUUACAAUGUAAUUACUUAU